UCGACGUCCUGGCCGCCACUCCAAAGCACGUCGAUGAUUGGUUACUGGAGACCCCGUUUGUGACGUCUUGUCAUAGUUUCACGUAACUCGGAGCAACAGGCGAGGAUCACACACUUGUUUUCUAGGCGUUGGCCAGUGUAGGUCGUGAGAGAGAGAGCGGAGAGAAAACGAACUGAAAAGAUGGGUGAAUCGAAGUUAAGCGGAGGUAUGGCAUGCGUCAAAUGGCUGCUGCUCAUUUUCAAUCUGAUUUUCUGGGCUGGCGGCGUCGCAAUCCUCGGCGUCGGCAUUUAUGUCAAGCUCAAGUUCGGGGACUUCGUUGACAUUCUAGAUAAGGACUGGGCAAACGCGCCUAAUCUCCUCAUCGCCGUCGGCGCUAUCAUCGCCGUGCUCGCCUUCUUCGGUUGUAUCGGUGCGUGGUGUGAGAGUCGCUGCUCUCUCUACGUUUUCGCCAUUCUUCUCUUCGUCACCUUCGUCCUUGAACUGGUAGCGGGCAUUCUAGCUGUUGUGUAUCGAGAUGAUGUGAAGGACAAGCUGCAGGGCCUGCUUACAACCUCGCAGUGGGAAUACGACAGUGAGCCUGUCCGGAAGUCAUGGAAAGCCGUACAAAACGAGUUCGACUGCUGUGGUGUCACUAACAAAACAGAUUGGUAUGGCAAAGGCAAUUUUUCGAGCAGCAAUCUUCCUGAUAGCUGCUGCAGUAAUGGUGCUGGAUGUACGGCUAGUAACUCGUUCGAUGUGGGAUGCUACACGAAAUUGGUUGAUUGGUUUGAUAACAAUUACAUGGUCGUUGGAGCGAUUGUCAUAGUGUUGGCUCUCAUGCAAAUAUGCGGGGUUAUAUGUGGCUGCUGCCUUGCCAAAGCGCUUGGUGGUGACUAGUGUGAGGCGUAGAAGAUGAGAACAGAUGGACAUUACUAAGAUGUUGAUUCUUUCUAUUCUUGUGCUGUUGCUGUUCACUCUACCAAAUGCUACUUAGCUUGCCUUUGUGUGACAGUUAUGUUUCCUAUGAUAACACUGUACUAACACUGUAGUCUGUAUGUAAUCUGGUAUCCUAGUUAUGCAUUUGAGGACAUAGUGAGAAGUUCUGACUGUGGCCAUAAUGAUUAUUGUCUAGAGCACAUUGACAAUGUGCUGUUCAGUAGUAGUGUAUGUACAAUGAAGUGAAUCAGUUUGUGUUUGAAUUCUA